CAAUCUGAAGACUUCUAAAAUUGUGUUGAUCGAUAACAGCAAAAUGGGUAAAAAAUUCCAUGAUAGAUAUCAAGGGAUCCCUAAUAUGUUGAGAAAUGCAUUGUGUGACUACCUUGAGCUGAAGAAGAUUAGAUUCGCCAAAAAAACACUAAGAAAGGCAAUCAUCAAAAGAUUGGAAAUGCCAUGGAGGACAGAAGAAAACUACAUUGAUUGUGGCAUUUAUACAAUGCGCCAUAUGGAAACUUAUUUUGGUGAAGAAAACUGGGAUUGCGGCUUCUUAUCAAAUGAGAAAUUUCAUAAACCUCAAAUUUCUGAGUUGAGGAAGAAAUUCUUGACCAAAAUGCUGUUGUCAGAAAUCAACACCAUGAAAGAUGAUCUUAUAAAGCAUGCCCUUGAAUAUGAAAAGAUGGAUGAUAAAGUUAAGGCAGAACAUCAAAAAGAUUUGAAGGAAAAGAUGGAUCAAAGGCAAAAAGACUUUGUUUGAAUGUUUGUUUCAAUUUGCAGUUUUAAACUCAUGUUUAAUGUUUGGAUUUAACUUCUAGACGUGUGUUCUUUUUUAAUAUGUUUGAAUA